UGGCGCGGCGCGGCGCGGCGCGGCUCGGCCCGGCCCGGCCCGCCCGCAGCAUGGGCCCCCUGCGCGUGCUCGUGGACAUGGACGGCGUCCUGGCCGACUUCGAGGGCGCCGUGCUGCGGGGCUUCCUCUGCCGCUUCCCCGGGGAGCCUCGCGUGGAGCUGGCGGAGCGCAGGGGCUUCUCGGUGCGGGAGCAGUACCGCUGCCUGCGGCAGGACCUGGGGGCUAAGGUAGCCAGUAUAUAUGAGUCACCUGGCUUCUUUCUAGGCUUGGAUCCAGUUCCAGGAGCCAUUGAAGCUAUGCAUGAGAUGAUCCUUAUGGAGGACACUGAAGUCUUUAUCUGCACAAGUCCUCUCCGGAAAUAUGAGCACUGCAUCCUGGAAAAGUACAAAUGGGUAGAAAAACAUUUGGGUCCUGAGUUUGUGGAGCGUAUUAUUCUAACCCGGGAUAAGACCAUUGUAUCUGCUGACUUGCUGUUUGAUGACAAGGAUACCAUCAGAGGUGCAGAGCUGAACCCAAGCUGGGAGCACAUCCUGUUUACCUGCUGCCACAACCAACACAUCCAGCUGCAGCCUCCCUAUAGGCGGCUGCUGUCAUGGGCUGAUGAUUGGAGGGCAAUCCUGGAAAGCAAACGCAGGAAAUAAUGGAAAAAUGGGGUGCUGUGCCCUUCCUUUUGCCAAGGGAACACCCAGGUCAGCAACAGGCAGGGAAAUCCAUCCCCAGGAAGUAGAAAGCUCUCUGACCUGGGCAGAGGUACUCAUGGGGAUCAAUUAGCCUACGACUCACACUUGUCAUAAGACCUACUGCAGGGUUGACUCCUCUCCAGGUUUCUGGAAAGUUGCUCUGUAUUAAAUUAGUUCAUCUCCA